GGUCGGCCCCGGCAAGAUGGCGGCCCCCUUGGAGCUGAGCUGCUGGGGAGGCGGCUGGGGGCUCCCUUCGGUCCACAGCGAGUCCCUGGUGGUGUUGGCUUAUGCCAAGUUCUCUGGCGCACCCUUGAAAGUCAAUGUUAUAGAUAACACCUGGAGAGGUUCCAGAGGUGAUGUACCAAUUUUGACAACUGAAGACAGCAUUGUUUCUCAGCCUGCAAAAAUACUAAACUUUUUAAGAAAACAGAAAUAUAAUGCUGACUGUGAGCUCUCAGCAAAACAAGGGGCGGAUACCCUGGCUUACAUCGCCCUCCUAGAAGAGAAGCUUCUCCCUGCCGUGCUUCACACUUUCUGGGUUGAGAACGACAAUUACUUUACUGUGACAAAGCCAUGGUUUGCCUCCCGUAUCCCUUUCCCUCUAAGUUUGAUCCUGCCUGGAAGGAUGUCUAGAGGGGCACUGAACAGGAUUCUCUUGACAAGGGGAGAACCGCCCCUUUACCACCUCCAGGAAGUGGAAGCCCAGAUAUACAGAGAUGCCAAGGAGUGUCUGAACCUCCUGUCAAACAGAUUGGGAACAUCUCAGUUUUUCUUUGGUGACACGCCUUCCACCUUGGACGCCUACGUGUUUGGCUUCCUUGCACCACUUUAUAAAGUGCGGUUCCCCAAAGUUCACUUGCAGGAGCAUCUGAAGCAGCUUUCCAACCUGUGCCGCCUCUGUGACGACGUCCUCCACAGCUACUUCAGGCGGGGUCCUGGGGGCAUCUCUCCAGCUGGACAAGAAAUGAUAGACGCCAACCUGCAGAAACUCACCCAACUUGUAAAUAAGGAGUCCAACCUAAUUGAAAAGAUGGAUGACAACCUCCGCCAGAGCCCUCAACUUCUUCCCCGGAAGCUGCCCACCCUCAGGCUGACUCCAGCAGAGGAGGAGAGUAGUUCCCUACAGCGCCUGUCACCCUGACGGCUGCGACC